AUGGGGGAACAAUUUUCUCCUUCUACUUCUGCUAUUCACUUUGAAAACUUUCUCCCUAUGGAGGAACAACUUCAUUCUCUUCAACUUCCACAACCUUCUAUUACUCAUCAUGUUCCAAGAAAUCUCCACCAGCAUAACCCUAGUGAUUAUCAACAUGGUUUAAUACAUAUAAAUAAUGCUCCUACUAUUGAAGAGAUUAACUCUGCAUUAGGAGGACUUUGUAUUAACCAUAGAAACACAUAUAGUAUUGGCCAUGGUUAUGGCGGGUUACCGCGUUAUGAGGAUUAUAUGACGAGGGAGAGAGCUUUUGUUGAGGCGCAUACCGUGCCAAGAAUGUAUGGUCACGUCUUCCCUCCACCAUCGUGGAGAGGGGAUGUGGUUUCAUGGGCGAUGGAUCGAUUUAAAUGUCAGAAUCUACAGGCGGUGAUUGAAGAAGGUAACCCGAUAUAUAUUCAACAGAUCCUCUCAGAAGUGAAGGAUUAUUUACACUUGCUUAUGAUGCACUCUUUCGGCAACUACUUGAUUCAAAAGAUUUUUCAAGCAAGGAGAGGUAUCACCUUUGAGCAGGUGGAUUCUAUUAUUAAGUUGAUUAUCGUCGAUGAUCAACAGCUGAGACAAGUGUGCAUGAACAAUCAUGGAACUAGGGUUGUGCAGAUAAUGCUGGAGAAUAUGACAUGUCCAUACACAAAACAUGCGUUUGUGAAUAUCAUGAAGCGUAUCACUGUUGCAUUGAUGAAAAAUGUUAAUGGUAAUUAUGUCAUUGAGAAAUGUGUGAAGCUUUUCCCAACUGAACUCCAAAUUAUUAUCUUGAAUGAAAUAGCAAUAAAUUGUGUUGAUAUUGCAACAGACAAAAUUGGAACUUCGGCUAUUCAAAAAUGCCUUAGACAUGGGAAUUUAUUUGCCCUAGCCCUAUUGGUUAGGGAAAUAAGCUCAAAUGCGAUGGUCCUAGCAGAAGAUCCAUACGGAAACUAUGUGUUGCAAGUUGUAAUUAAAAUGAAGUAUCCGUCAGCAAACAAAUGGAUUAUAGAAAAGCUUUGUGGCAAGUUUGUUAGACUUUCAGUGAACAUGUAUGCCAGCAAUGUAGUGGAAGAUCUGUUGAGAGUUUCUAAUCAGAAUGAUGUUCGAGUUAUCGUUGAGGAGAUAAUGAGAAGCCCUAAUUUCUUGGAUGUUCUUCAGGAUCGCUUUGGGAAUUAUGUUGCUCAGAGAGCACUGCAAUACAGUCAGGGCCAUCUGUGUAGACAACUUGCUAAUCUCAUUAAUUCCUAUCACAAAGAGCUUCAUAGUCAUAUUUACGGGAAAAAUGUGUUGACAAUGGCCAAAAGAUAUAUUGAAGGAUAA